GCCGCACCGACCCGCACCGCGGCACUCACUCGACCGCAACACGCACCGAAGCCGCCGACGCCUAUAUUAGGCGUCGCCGGCUUCGGUAUCGAUUGCGCUUAAAGACGUACGAAUGAUACGUACAUUAUUUCUAAGUGACAUAGGGUACGUUACUUUACUAUAGUGCUCGCUCGGAUAAAAAAGAAUUUUUCAAAAUUCAACAACCCCUGAAGAGGGGUCAAAGAGGCGAAAAAGUUUGUAUAAAAAAAAAUUAUUCACUGAUAGACUUAAAAUUUGGCAUGUAUAUGUUUUAACAAAAAUAACCCAAAUGGAUGUUACAAGGUUUUUUAAAUUUUGUUUCUGUAAGGGUCAAAGGUGUCGAAAAGAACCAAGUCAACUAAUUCAUCAUCACAGAACUGAAACCAAAAUAAGUGCAUUUUAUUGUCUUACAAAAAUAACCGAUACUCUUUGGUUUUAUGUCUGUCAUAAAAAAAAACGAUAUCAAUAAAAUUUUGUUGCCUAGCAAAAUCCUGUUUACGUGCCGUACAUAUAUCGCUUCAAAAAGUCAAUUUAAAAAUUCAUAAAACAUUGUAUUUAAUUUGUCAUAUUUAUUAAUUACGCUAGAAAAUGUCUGAUAUACAAGCUCUUUUCAAGCAACAUUGCAUCGUUCCUGAUGUUAUAAAUACGGCCCCCUCUGAAAUGCUUGAUGUUCAAUUCACGAGUGGUGUUCGUCUCGAUAUCGGUAAAGAAUUAACUCCCACUCAAGUGAAAGAUAAGCCUGUCGUGAAAUGGGCCGCCAAGGAGUCUGAGUACUACACUCUGGCCAUGGUGGACCCGGACGCGCCGAGCCGCGAGAACCCCAAGUUCAGGGAGUGGCACCACUGGCUGGUGGGUAACAUCCUCGCCAGCAACCUGGACCAGGGUGAGGUGCUGUCAGACUACAUCGGCUCCGGUCCUCCCAAAGGGACUGGACUCCAUCGCUACGUAUAUCUUCUCUACAAACAGCCAGAAAAAUGCAACUUCUCCAAAGUUCCAAAGUUACCCAAUAAUUCUGGGGAUAAAAGAGGAAAGUUUUCUAUUUCGAAAUUUUCUAAAGAUUUCAAACUCGGAACGCCGAUAGCUGGAAAUUUUUAUGUCGCACAAUAUGACGACUACGUGCCGAAGUUGUAUGCUAAGCUUAAAGGCUAGGCACAAAAAGUUAAAUUCGAUAGUUAUUUCCAUAAAAUAAAAAUAGCUGACUUUACUUUGCCAUGCGAAAAUUAGUUUAUUUGUAAUCCUAGAUAACAUUAGUAAUCUGGCUGUAUAUCAGCGAACAAAUAGGCAGCUAACGAAGACCUGAAGGACGUCGCUCUGGAGCUGGGCCGGAUAAGUGUGUGUCGAGUGAUAUAUUUUAAAAUUUAAUUUUGUUAUUUUCAUAAAAUGUUGAAAUAAAUGGGCGAUACGUCAGUGUA